UCAGUAAAUGUUGUAGUUGUUGUUUCUUGUAUACACAUUUUCGACUCACUCUUGACUGUUAAAUAUGUGUACGACUAUAUUAUAUAUAUAUUAAAGUUUUCCGAGAAAACAAUUAUUAUAUUUUACCCUCGACGGUCGGUGUGCGGUUAUCGGCAGUGGUUAACUUCUCAAUUCUCCAUUCGUUCGAAAUGGGCAGCGGUCUAUGUAGAAAGAGAGGCCAAAGACCGGGGGCUGUACAGGAGUUUGACGGAUUAUACCGAAAGAUCGUUUUCAAUUAUGCCAAAAAGUGGACGCAAUACUCAGACAAACAUAAGAAGAGUGAAAAAAAAAAUAAGAGCAGGAGGAAGAAACCGAUUAUCAGCGGACCGUUUCCGGCAGAUCCGGACCGAUUGCACGGCGACAAAUGGCAGUAUGUGAUACUGACGCGGUUGGACACAGAACCACCGCCCGAACGACCGCCGCGGACUAAACGACGCCAACGGCAAGAGAAUAUGGCUAGCAGUGGCGUCUGCAGCGGCAUCGUCCGUUGGGGAUCGGAGCGGCGGCAGUCGUUCGGUCGCAGACGACAACCAAAGCAGGAGUUGUCCACCGACGAGCCAACGGAAUCGAUGCUGUUCCGACGAGUCGUUGGCGACGGUGGCGGAACAGGCAAAAGUGCGGUGGCGGUGGUAACGGCUGCUGUGAAUAAAAAAGCAUCGCCGGCUUUCGACGUGUCCGUCGAUAAGUCAUCGCUGUGGGUCGUUUUGUGGUCGGGCGCCAUCGUCGCCGGUCGGACAUACGCUGCCCGACGAAACGGUUUGCUGAAAUCUAUCGCCCGAACCAAUGCGAUGGCUGACGAUUUGUUGUCGUAACGUUAAUAUAAUAUUGUCAGAAAUUAUGGUAUAACGUAUAACCGACUGUUUUAAAAUAAUAUUUUUGUACUAAUAACACUAUUAAUAUUUCGUGACCAUCCAAACGCGUAAUGUAUAAAUACAAUAAUAGGUAUUAUAUAACCUACGGCGUAUUUAUUUAAUCGAUUUUUUCAAAAUUCACUGCGGAUUAUCCAGUUUUGUUUUAUUUAUCAUCACAAUAUUGUCUUUAUUGACAAAUCAAAAUUAAAUCAGCAUUUGAAAAUACGUCCGAUGUUAAUUUGAUUGUCUGUAGAUAAUCAGAUCUAACCAACGGGUUAUGCAAGGAGCGCUGCAUUACUGAAUUUACUGAUAGUAGUUAUGUAUAGGUAUAAGUACAUGGUAAAAAUAAGGAAAUGCAUUAUGCCUAUAUACCUACUUAUAUCAUUAUAUUUUGGUUUCCAAACUCAAAUUAGGUUUGACAUCCGAAAAAAAUAUCUAAUAUAAUAUAUUAUAAAUUGCAAUAAUAAUAAAAGGCAACCAUAUAACUCUAUUGUCAUAUUAUAAAAUCUCAUCUUGCCUAACGUGCCGAUUUUAUACUCGUAUUAUCCAAAUACACGUUGAAGGAGAAAUCUUACUAUCGAGUUCAAUUUAAGUGCACACUCGGCGCAUUUGAACGCCAUAAAAACUGAACGCAAAACAGUUCAACGAUUUAUCCGGUAAUAACAUAGCGAAAGAAAAAAUAUAUAAAUAAAGUGGUAAUGUAAUGCCGAAAAUCCUCCUAGCGCAGUGUUUAUGACUUCCGCGGCUCGACGGAUGAUACUUCCGGUGUGUUAAAGCCAAGUCGCCUUGUCAUCAUUUCAAAAACAGGUCGUUCGAUUCAAGCGGAAAGGCAAGAGAAGAGGGUGAAAAUAAAUAUAUUUAAAGGUUUGACGCUAUGUAAUGGCUCCAUUCGAUAUGCGUAUAUAGUAUAAAUAAAUAACAUAUAAUAUAUUAUACAGAUCGUAUACUUUCGUUUUCCAAUUUUAUUCACCAUUCUAUAUGUCCCAUUAUUACUACGACAUCGAUGAAAAAUGGGUUCAUACAAUGAUAAUUAACAAGUAUAUAUGGUUUCUGAGGAAUUUCUAUGCGUAUUUAUUCAAAAAAAAAUCUUUUCAUAUAUUAAAAAUGAUUUUAUGGACGAUUUUGUAUAGAAUUGUAAGUUUUCAUAAAUUAACACCCAUUUAGUCAAAACUUA